UAACUCAUAAUAAGCCAAUUGCUGGGUUCUUCAACACACACAACAUCAUUUUUUCCGGCAACCGAUUUUUCCUAAUUAUUUAACUACAACCAUACAACAACAAUAAUAAUUAAUAAAAAUUGUACUAUAACUAAAUAAUAUAUACGAAUAAAAUUUAAUAAAUGAAUACAACAAGACAACAACAAAUACAAAAGCAUAAUGCAGCAGCAACAAGAAAAAAUAGUAACAGAAAAAAGUAAAACCAAACUAAGCAACUUAACAGAGAAUGCAAUUUUUUCAAGAAACCUAAAUGCAAUAGAAAAGUCCACAAACAACAAUAGCUUCAAAGCAACAUAAAAUCAUGAAAUAACAGCUGUCUAACAGCAACCAAAAAUAUCAGCAGCGGCAGCAGACUACAGCAAACAGAAAAAAUUAAUAAAUUUUUCCAAAUGUCAUCAUAAUUUAAACUAAAUGCAAUAGACCGUCAAAUGUUUUAACAAAAUUUUGCAUAAACAGGCAAUAGAACUCCAGAACAACCACUCUUAAGUUAUGUAACCCAAUAGAAUGGACAAAUAGUUUUAGUUUGAAAAAAAAAAAAUUAUAAAUUGAUACCUAAUAUAUUUUGAAAGCGGAAAAAGACAAGCUAUGAAGCAACAGCAAAAGUGUGAAAAGUUAUAAGAAACCGUGCAAAAUUUGGCCUUAAAGCAACUAAAUUAAAAAUGAAACUAAACUUAAAAAAAUAUAUUUAAAUUUAAAAAAACGAAAAACCUAGUAUAAAAGUAAACAAAUUAAAAAAAUCGAGAAUUAACAUAUUUUAAGAGAAGUCGCAUAUCACGCAAAGUUCUAAAUUUAAACGAAACGGCUAAUGCGUGGCAACGUUAGUUCAAAUUAAAAUUUCGUAGCAAUUUAAAAAGCAACUAAACGAAAUAAAUAAAUAACUUUGGUAACAAAAAGUACAAAAAGAAAUUUUUUGCAACGUCAUUAAGCCCUCUCACUGGCACGAGCGCAUCUACACUAAAAAUAAAAGGAAAAUAAAUGUAACAAGUAGAAUUUUGGAUUUUAUAUAUAAAACCUAAAAGUUAAAAUUCGAGCAGGAGCAGCAAAAAGCGUACACAGUGUUUUAAUUAGAAAAAGUUUCAAACAUAUUUUCAUGUCUAAUCAUUAAAAAAAUUAAUAACACCAAUAAAAUGUUAGCGAAAAUAUUAUGUAACUAAAUUUUGGUUAGCUAAGCUAGAGUUUUGAAAUCUCCACAGAGACCACAAAAAAUUAAUAAAGUGUUGUCAGGCCGAAAACUGCUACUUGGAAACAAAUAAGUUUUCACAUAAUGCCAAAGCUUAUGCGUAAAACAACUGGAGGUAGGCAAUUACGUAUAUAAACUGUUAUUGCGUGAGUUACUCAACUCAGUUUUAAUCGCUGGUGAAAUAUUCAAUGCAUAAAUAACUUAAAAAAACGGAGCCCCUAAUGUAUUAAAAAACGCAUAAUCCCCACACAACAUUUCCAAAAAUACAAAUGGAGUAAUAUAAAAAACCGUGCGAAAUGCUUACACUUUCACACAAACAAGCAUAUCAAGGAUAAUUAAGCAGACACGCAAGCAAUAGAGGCGAAUGAAAAAUAAAUAAAAAAACAACUACACUUAUUUCAAUAAAGUCGUCACAAAUGGCAACAAAACAGCUUCAAUUCAACAAUAAAUACGUAAGUGAAAACAAAUGUUCGAGGAAAGCGAUUCUCACAAACAAUGACAGUAUGCCCACACAAAAUAGGAAAAAUCUGUAAUUUCAUAUGAUGAUGUAAAAGUAUAUAGCUUCAAACAUACAUAAAAGGAACAAAAUGCAAAAUAACUACCAUGAAUAACAUUUACUUAAAACUUUAAAUUUAAAAAUAACAUAAAAAAUAAAAAUAAAGUAAAAAGUUAAACCAAAAUCCAUUAUCAUCAAAUAAUAGAUAAACCACUUUAAAUAAAGUGUUAUUAAUUUCGCUCAAGCACAAACUUUAGUAGUAGGAAAUAAAAAAAUAAUCUAAAAGAACAGUUUAAAACUGUUAAUAUGAAUAUGUCAAUAUCCAGUAAAUACUCAUCACAUAUAUUUUUGUAAAAAAAAAAUUAGUAUAGAAAAUAUAUAUUAGUAAUAAUAGAAACAAGUAGAAAAAAAAUUCGCAGAAACACUGAUUGAAUAUACACUAACACAAUUUCUAUAACUUCUUCAACUUGAUAGAAAUUUCGUUUAGUGCGGGCGAUAUUCAAGCGAAACAAAAAUUUGUGAUCAACCGAAAUUCGUAAAUUUUUCAAAAUUCAUCGUAAUGUAAUUGAGAGAAAACACACUGACACCGGCACAUACAGUUUUAAAUACCAUUUACCAUACAGCUAGCAUUUGCUAAAUUAUACAAAAAAAAGAAUAAGCAGCAACUGAAAAACAAAUAAAAUAAGCAAAACACAAAACAGCAGUCACAAUUACAGGGAUCAGGGUAGCAAGCAAAAAAAAUCGCGCCUACUAACCACUUAACACUCUUAUAAACACACUCACACAUAUUAUACUCUUAGAAAGUUAAAAUAAAAGAAAACAUACUUUAUUUCAUUGUUUUAAUAUUUAAAAAUAAAAUAAAAAAAUACAAAAUCAUAAAAAAACACAAAUCUGUACAAAGACGCUAAAAUAACAGGACUAGGGGGAAAAAAACUUAAGUAACAAACUCGGUUCUUAAACACAUACGUACACCUAGUAUACUUGCAUUUUAAUAUUGAAAUUUCUGAUUCAACUUAAACUUAUGUGAGAUUUUUAUAAAGACAGCAUAACAAAAAAAGUAAUGGAAAGAACGCGAAUUAAGUAAUAUAAGUUUUUAGUGAUUAAAUAAAAAAGUUAGCACGAGAUGAAUACAUCAUUUCUGGUAUAAAAAAUACGUAAAUAAGAAUCUUAGCUUACUUUAACUCCAUCUGAAUGUUUACGGCGAUCAAGAAAUGUUAUUAUGCCAACUUAAGCGGCGCAGAAAGUAGGCUACAAUUUUAGUUAAAAGCUAAUAUUUUUCACAAUUUGCAAACAGUACCAAAACACUAUAAACAAUAAAAUGAUGUAUGCAAAUCUAAGUAAUAGAAUAUAAUAUAAUUCAAUAAAAUAUAAUAUAUCAGAACAUAACAUAGUAUACAUAACAUGAAGUCAACGCUAGUAAUUAAAGCGAAAUUUAGUGCGCAAAACCAAAAACUCUGAAAUAGUGCGCGACAUAAUAUAAAAUAGUUGUGAACUAAAAUCAUACAUAUAUAAAAUAGAUGCAUAAAUAUUUAAGCACCCGAAGAAAGUUCCACCUGAAAUCAAAAUCAAAACAAAAAACACAGAAUUUUAUACUACAAAAAAACAAGACUGACAUAUGAAAUAAAACAUGUUGACCAAAAAUUAAACAGACAAUUUGUUGAACAUGAAAAUUAACAAAAACCUAAAACGACUACUGCAAAAAAACCAAAUUAAGCUUCAAGAAGGCCAUAGUAAUUCGCCAAGUGAUAAUUUUGGGCUACAAGCACGUAUACCCACAGAUAGUGCAGUGUAAUUAGGCGGAGAUAUCAAAUAUAUAAACAUAGAUGGGUUAUCAAGUAUCACAAAACCAUAAACAUAUAUGCAUACAUACAUAUGUAAGCGUAUACGCAAAUCGUCAAUAUGCAACGAAUGAGUUGAGUAAAAAACAUGGUAAAGGAAAAUAAUAAUAGAAGAAAAAAAAGUAAAAUAACAACACACAAAUAUCCAAAAAAUUAAAUAAAAAUAAAUAGCCCAUAGAAUAUAUGACCCACAUUCAUAACCUAAAGUAAAUAUUAAAACGCAAAAAUCGACGAAUAAUAGAAAACACUUCAGAAUUGAAAGAAGUAUGGUCUACACGGAAAGCAGAUAAGCAGAAAGUAGUAAAACAAUUGAAAACUUUUCUAUUCCCAAAUUGAAAACAAGGAUUAACAUGAAAUUGAAACGCGACUGGGAAACGUGGUGCCUUAGCUUCGCCUUUAUUUAAUGACACAAAAAAAAUCACAUAAACACACGAAGCAUGCAAAAUUAAGAACAUAGAAAAACAGUUAUUUAAAGAAUUUUAAGGUCAGCGUUCCAAAAUUAACAACAGCAUGAUUAAAAUUUUAGAAAAAUGAGCUCACUAGCGUAAAUACAAAAAACAAACAAUUAGACAAAAAAAAAAAAAACAAAAAAUAAAAAAAAUAACAACCUGGAAAAAAACUUCAAUGCCGUUGUCGUAGUAUAAAGAACAAAAAAAAAAGAAAGGGCUGUUGAAAAAGAUUCGACAAACAGCACGCUUAAUUCAAGCAAAUACAAUACCGCGCUUUUAACGAAAACCAUUCGAAUCAGUUGGGGUUCCUUCAUUACAAAUAAUCGGAAUCACCUAAUUACCUAGAAAAAUGACAGGAGAACGGCUCAUCAUGUACAGUAUGACGAGGAUGCUUUCCCAAGAAAUCGACAUGUUCAGUAAAAUUAAACAGAAAACUAUCCAGCGAGUAAACGGAGUGGAACUCUCAAACGGAAGAGAAGUGCACGAAAAUUAAUUAAUAUCCAACAUAACAACGCUAUUAUAUGUUGAGAAAAAAUAUUGAGGAAAUAACACGAAGCUCAAAUUUUAAGUAGAAAAGUGUCCAGCUAAUAUCAGACUAAUCAUAAAUCGAAAUAAUCUUUAGAACGUAGCUUAAACAUGAAAGAAUAUAUAAAUGAAGCGAAAUUAAAGCAACGAAAAUAAUUCAUUACCCAAAGGAGACAUUAAUCAUCAGCGACGUCCAUAAGGUCAAAUACUAAUCGGAAUAACUACAAUAACUUAAACCACAUUAAAAACCAAAACCUAUAUUAAAAUAUAAAAAAAAACCGCAAAACAGUUAUAAAAAAUGUAAAGUGAGUUAGUGAAAAGGCGAGUACUUCAUGUCAAGCGUCAAUGCAAACCAACAAUUUAGUAAGAAAUAUCACCAACAAAGCAUUAAUCCGCGAUUUGGGAAACCACUUGCUUAACUAUUUAGUGCCAAAUUGUCUAAAACCAAGAGCAUCCUGCAAAAGCCAAAUAUCCGAUUUUUGCACGGAUCCCAAGUAAGUGUUCUCAGCUACGAGUGUGUGUGCCACAGCAACAGCCACACUGGGUCAAAUAGCUCAGCAACAACUGCUUGGCUCGCACACGUACACGGUGGAUCAGUGGCUGUUGCAGCAACUAAAACUAGCAAUAGAAGCAAAUUUCGAAUAUCGUGCCACUGCAGCCAAUGUAGCCGCCGAGGAGCAAGCGGCGGUGGCGGCGGCGGCAGUAGCAAUACAACUACAAAGAUUAAAGGUAGCAAAAGUAACCACAACAACGGCAAAAGUAAAAACGGCAAAAACAUCCGACGCAAAAACACCAACAAAGGCGGUCGCGGGUACAUCAGAUAAAGCGAAGAGUAGCGGUUGCAAUAACGGUUUCAGCUAUACCUCGAACAACGCUGAAAAGGCGGUAAUAGCAACGGGAGCAUCAACAGCGGUGGCAGACGAAGUUGCCAUCGCUCAGCUUCAGAUACCGACUCUGAAAAUUAAUUCCCUUGGGGAAGGCAUUCUAUCGAAUGCACUCCAUAUACCGCCGGUGGCAUCCACUUUGGCCGCUGUUUUGCACGCGCAAAUGACAACCGCCGUACAGCAGCAGCAACACCAACAACAGCUAAUCCAACUUCAUCCGCACCAUCAGCAGCACUUGCAUCCCCAUCAGCAGCAGGAACCGCUACAAGUGCUCUCGCAUCAACACCAGCAAAAACAAAAGCUACAGGAAGAAGGUGAACAAGAACAGCAAGAACUGUUCCAACUACGCACAGAAAUUGUCAAAAUGGAUUCUGACUUUUGGCAACAGGCGCGUGGCCCCUUCGGUCUACAUGCCGCCGCCGCACUCGCGACCAACCAGUUGCACCACCACCAUCAUCACCAACAAUCGCCGCAGCAGCAGCAGCCAAACCCAGCGCAGCAACAGCACAUACAGCAAACGCACCACAUCCAACAAUCAUCGCAUUUGCCUGGGGUAGUGGCAGUGAAUUCAGAGCAACUACAACAGUCGCCACAGACGGUUCCGGUGCUGCCACCAAAUGAGCAGCACCAGCAAAAUCAUCAUUUGUUAUUCAAUGCGGCUGCAGCAGCAGCAGCUGCCGUGCACCUAAGUGGUGUUGUAAAGUCAAACGAACUACAGAACAUUUCCAGCGAUUUAAUUGUAGAAGGUGGUUCCAGCGUUGUCCCAAACUCCAGCUGCAGUACAAACGACAUCAUAGCCGCAGGUAGCAACAGAAGUGGCAACAGUACUAGCAGUUGCCAUAAUACCGCACCCGCCAGAGAUUGUCUUGCUAUUAGCGUGAAGCAAGAAGUGCAGACGGCGGUCGUAGCCGCCGCAGUGUCAGCGAACAAUCAUCACCUGCAGCAGCAACAACAACAACAACAGAAAUACCAGCCGAAUGUACACAAUGCCAUAGAUGCGCUACAGCAGCUCCAACAUCAACUGCAACAGCAGCACGAGUUGACGCCGCGCGCCAGUGGUGGCGAUGAAACUGACGCGUUCAGCAACCAGUUGGAAGUGCAACAAGUAAGCGUCGAACAGCAACAUGUAACAAAUGCGCAUCAACAACCACCACAGCCCCAGCAAUCACAGCCGCAUCAUAACACACACCCACAUCAACCACAACAACAGCAGCCAUCGCAAUCUCAGUCGCAGCAGUUGCGACAAUCAAAUGGGCAACAGCAACAACAACGCGAUUCGGGUGCAGGCCCAAGCAGCCCGUUGCGCAUGCAUAUUAGCAGCGUCACUGCGUUGGUACCCUCGCAAUCGCCUCAAUCACUGACACCGUCCGGGGGCAGCUCAACGCCCGACAUUAAGUACAACAGCGAGAAGUUGGUAAACGAAAUACAGCUACAAUUAUCCCGCUCAAACAGCGCCGCCGCCAUCAGUGAACGCACUUUAGAAGAAUGUUGGUCGACACUGCAACGUGUGAGUUGGCAUCUCUUCCGUUGUGUAUAGUACUCUUCCACGUUAAAAACACGCAUACACAUUAACACAAGCACAUAUGUAUAUAUUCAUACACGUAUGCAUAUAGUAUACUUACAUCUAUGUAUGUAGAUGUGUUGGAACAUGAAAAUUAAAUUUGAAAUAGUAAAAAAUUAAAAUCAAAAUAUCUAACAAACGAAACGAAGCAUUGAAAGCUUAGCAUUUUUAAAACAAAUGUUAUGCUUGUAUACCGAAUUGUUUGCUAAAAUUUUAUAUUAUGGUGAAUAAUUCAUCGGGAAUUGUAGAUUUAAGUGAAAGUCAACAAAACGCAUCCAAUACCUUAAAAUUCACUUGUGGUCCGGCAUUUAGCAUUUUAGUCGUAUGAAAACAAGAGCUAGAAUCGGAAUGAUUCUAGCAUGCCUUUUUCUUUCGGUAGUCUUAUUUCUAUUGAUUAUUACAUUCGUCACUCUUUUUUUCAAUAUAUGUACAUUAUUGACCACUGUCUCUGCAAUAUAUGCAAUAUAGCCAAUAACCUCGCCGGAUUUAGCAAGAUGAUCAAAGGGUUGUGCCACCAAAAUUAAAUAAUUUACAUAUUACCCUGAUCCCUUGAACUCCAUUCUUAGUCAUGUUCUCUGAUGUAUUUCAUGUAUUUAAAGUAAAGUUUAUGCACAUAUAGAAGAAUAUAUAAUGUUUAAAAAUAUUCUAGUGGUUAUUAAUUGUUUACCAAUUUCGCUUUUGAGAAUAUUACAGGCAACGUGCUUUGUUCUUGCUUGCCUUUGAAGUAUCUGUAUAAAAUUAAACUACAUUAAAUGCUUAUAAUAUCUUAAGUCCAACUUUGAUUUGUCAAACUGGUUUCAGUGGUCAUGAAAAAUAUUAUAAUCAAGCCAAAGUACAGCCGAUCACCUAAAUUAAAUAUAUUCUAAAUAGAAAAUAUCAAUAUAUUUUAAAUUUAUAUAUUUUUUAUCAUUGCCAUUUUAAUUUUUAUGACCUUGUUUAAAAAGAAACAAAAAAAAAAAUCCAAGGAAGGCAUUUGUAACAUAUUUUAAUUUAUUGUACAUUUUUUAUGCUUCAACACAUACGAAACAAAUGGAAUCAUUUAAAGGAAGUAUUCAUAUUGGUAAACUAAAGUUUAAUUUGCUUACAUAUGCAUGUGUGUAAAAUUCUCCAAACUCUUCGCCUCUCGAAUAUGACACCCUUUUCUGGCCAGUGGUUAGCACAGCAAACUUAGGUUUUCACAUUUUUUCCACAAUUUUUCUGCUUGCUAUCAUCGACAUAUUUUUUACCUGUACACUCAUUUGGCGCUAUUUUUCUCUUUGAAGCAUGAACUAACAGUUUUUAUAUCUGAAUACCCCGACUUUUUUGCGCUAUUUAUAACUUUGCCACUGGAGUCAGGUUCCAUUCAGGCAAAACCGGCAAAUUCCUACUAAUGUGCAAGGUGGCGCAAAAUUUAUCAUUUUUGCAAACGGCGCCGUACGUCAAUCCUAUUUAACAAUUGGGAACUAGACAGUAUCUAGUAAAAAAGUUAAAUUUGUGCCACUUUGCAUAACUACAAGAGAUAUCCAAUUUUGCUGAUAUUUAUAACUGGUGGUAAACCGCAAGCAAUGCAGUAAAAAAUUAAGUUUCUUGAGGUUCCUGAUUCACGAAGCUAAUUUUCCCUUUGAGAUAAAGUACUUGUUUCACGGUCUCUAGUAUAGACAUAUUCAUAAUAUAUUCAUUCUUACAUGUAACAAAAUCUUCAGAAAGAGCUUAGCUUUCUCUUUA